AGAAAAUUUUCCUCUACUUUUCGUUUUCUACCUGGUGUAGUGUGGUUUUGGUCCUCGCGGUUCAUCAUGUCUAUCGGUUUUAGUUGCGGCUGCUGCCGUUUUAGUUUUCGUCUCUCCCAGUUAGGCUUCCCUCUGGUGUAAGAAUCGCUAAUUAGAAGUAAGAUUGCAGCAGCGAACCAUGAAAAAUGACUCACCACGACAUGGUCGCCGAUCGAAGAAGAUUUUUACACGCAAAUUUGUAGUUUCUAUUGUCUUCGCGAGAAGAUAACGACCUGCUAAGAUAAAAUUUUCAACACCACCAGAUCACGCACUCUUUUUAAAAAAACUUACUUACCACGCUGCAGGAGACCGUACUUAGAUCAUUCGAUCACUAUGCCUCGCCCUUCGCGCACCACCAGUAGAGGACGAGUCCUUUCCCAGGAUGCCACAAAGAUCUAUGGCGUUCUCAAACGGUACAUUCUCAAUUGUUACAUGAUUAAUAUUUACAUUGCUUGACUUCCGGGCUCUGGUACGGCAUACCCCCGGCGACAGGUGACCUUGACAGGUGACCUUGACAGGCGACCUCGACAGGUGGCCUCGACAGGUGACCUCGACAGGUGACCUCGACAGGUGACCUCGACAGGUGACCUUGACAGGUGACCUUGACAGGUGCCCGCGACGGGUGAACGCCCUGCCUUCCCCCACUUCUAGCGUUUCGCGCGCUAAGCUACUAUGCUCGCCCCUGAUGUGAGGCGAGGGGCGGACGCUGUCCGCCCCGAUGCCGAACACGACCCUUCCCCCGCCCACUAAUGCUUCGCGCACUAAGCCACUAUGCGCGCGCCUGGUGUGAGGCGAGGGGCGGACGCUGUCCGCCCCGAUGCCGAACACCCUUCCCCCACUAGUGCUUCGCGCACUGAGCCACCAUGCGUGCGCCUGGUGUGAGGCGAGGGGCGGACGCUGUCCGCCCCGAUGCCGAACACCCUUCCCCCACUAGCGCCACUAGGGAAGGGCACAAGGCCCCAGCGUGGGGACCCUGUCCCCACGCUCGGGUGGGCCUUGUUUGUCAUGCAAAAUGGCAAUCAGAAAUCGAAACGAUCAAGCUGCUUCGCAUUACAAAUUGUCGAAGAGCCCAAGAGGCUGAGAAUCUGCGCCAAACCUGUAAUGCAAUAGGCGCAACUUCCCCCCUUCCACUUUUCAUCCCAUUCUUGCAUUACAAAUUCAUGUAACAGCUGAGAAUGUAACAUUUGAGAGCUCCAUAAGAUCCUGUUCAGCCACAGUGGUCUCGUGACUCUGGAAAAUGCGGCGUCGCCAAGAUGCGCGGCGAUUGUGAACACCGAGGCCACGCAGCGCGACACGGCGGCCGAAACCGCAAGUCUGAAAAUGGACAACGUGGAAGUGACCGGGACGAUCCUGGAGCUCGCACAGAUGAUCAAGGACAAGCGGAAACGGCUGACGAAAGGGACCCAGUUUACGGCGGACAACGGGCAGAAAGUGGCUCUCGACCAUAUGGCUUCCUCAGAUGUUACAAUCUCAAAUCGGUUACCAUAGAGUCUGAAAUUUGUGUUGCAUGAUGAGCAUGACAGACUCGCACAGCGUUCCACCUUUUGCAAUACAAAUUUCGCCAGAUUGUAGUGAGGUUUGGCCCUCCGGAACUUGUCAUGCGCAAUCCUGUGGGAAGAGGCUAGAUCAUGCACUUUUGCAUCACAGAUUUCCAUAUUCUAUGGUAACCGAUUUGAGAUUGUAACACCUGAGCGGGUUAUAGACCAGAUCCACAGCCCGAACGAGCUGGCCGACCGUAUGGAGUUCUCAACUGUUACAUUCUCAACUGUUACAUGAAUUUGUGAUGCAAGAACAGCGAAAGUCAAAGGGAGAACCUUGCAACUCUAGCAUCACAAGUUUGGCACCGAUUUCCAUGCUGUUUAGCCCUUCUGAGAUUUGUCAUGCGCAGCCGCUUGGUCGUGCGGUUGCUUAUGGCAAUUUUGCAUGACAAAUCAUGUAACAGUUGAGAAUGUAACAUUUGAGAACGCCAUAGACCGGGGGAAAGAGUGCUGGCUGUUUAUUGCAAGGAAAAAUCCCCCCUCCCCAACAUAUUGAGAACGUAUCCCGCGUCUGAGAAUUUGUGAUGCAGAUUUGUGGCCACAAAUCCUGUCUGUCUUGCAGGAUGGCAAAUUGAGAGAGAGCGCCGCGCUAUGCAGACGAUUUGUCAUGCUUCAAGGUCUACACAGCGGACGCCUGCCAUGCUGGACGCCUACACCAAAAGGCCCCUGCCUAAGUAGGCUUGCGAUCUGCGUGCAGUACUCUACUGCAAGAACAGAGAUCUGAUUUGUGUACACAAAUCCCGCAUCACAGAUUUUCGUUUUGAUACGGAAAGGGGGGAUUUUUCAUUUUGAUACUGUUGCGCGUCGCCCGCGGAACCUCUGGGGGGAUCGAGAACACGUUUUUUGCCGGUGUUGUGAAGGAGUUGCGGGUGAAUGCGGAGACGCGCAUGCCCGAGUCGUAUGUCUACAUAGACCCAAGGUUUUAUGUGGUCAGUGGCGAAGAGAGAGAUGAACAAGUGGAAGAAUCGAAUACGAACAACGGAGGUGGACGAGCAGGUCCUUCGUCGUCUCAUAAUUCGACUCUCUCUUCGCCGACUUCCGGCUGGUACGAUGCGAGAUACGUUUACCGCCGCUUGUCGCUCUUGGACAUGCUGUAUCAAAUGUAAAAGUGUCUGGGUCUGGAAGAAUUCACGUUUGUCAUGCUUGUCUGGCAUGACUCUUAAAUCUGUCAUGCACGUUACCCAAGAGGUCCGUUUUUCUGUGAUGCAGAAGCACAGUUUGUCAUGCAGAAUAGGCAACACCUUCACCUAGGAACUCAAAAACUUGUCAUGCUGAGCCAGCAUUUGUAGCCUCAUCAUGAGACGCCACCCAGCAUCACAAGUUUCCAGACCCAGACAUUUUUGCAUUUGAUAUGCUGCAGCGUGAGACGAAAAUCUGCCCGAUGACGAGGAUCCUGAUGGAGGCGCCCGUCACGGACUAUCUCGGGUAUUUGCGCCACACCGGGCCGAUCUUCUACACGGAGGACCCGGCGCCGCGGUUGCGUCACGUGCAGCAGAAAGUGAAAGAGUUGCUGUUGUCGCACAUGGCGGGGCAAACCUCUCUCCCCAUGUCCAACGCCGAGGCCGAUGCGGUUUUGAAGAAAUUUGAGCAGAAGGAGUGCGAAAAUGCCACCGUCUUUUACUACGAAAAGCACCACGAGUCGAGGUUGUACGCACAGGAGCAGUUGCUAAGGUCUGUGCAGGACCAUCACGGCGGAGUCUUGGUAGAUCCGGACCACGUAUCAAAUGUAAAAAUGUCUGGGUCUGGAAGAAUGUGAGGUUUGUCAUGCACGUUUCGCAUGAGCCCUGAUGUCUGUGAUGCAUGCCCUAGCAUCACAGAUUUUUUGAGAGCUUCUUAAUGCCUAUUCCGCAUGACAAAUGCCCGCUCCGCGUAGCAAAAAUUGCAUUCCUUUUGGUACUCAUGCAAUACAGAUUUUUCCUGGAAUCCAAAUGCAGCAUCACAAGUUGCAUUCUUCCAGACCCAGACAUUUUUACAUUUGAUACCACGAAGAGGUCGAGGUAUCCGCAACCCAGGUGCACCAGUCCCUCCAGGCGGCAGCUGCGACAAGUACAACUUCUGUUGCAAAAAACGUGGUGGAGUCCCACAAACAAGAGAUGGUGGACUCUGUGAUCCAGAGGCACGGAGAUCAGGAUGAAACUGCCAACGGGAUGAAAAAUGAAGAAAGAGACGAGACGCCUCCACUUCUGCCAGGUGAAGAAGAGGCUGCUCCAGAUGAACUUCUGAUGCCCCCUGGAGAUCAUGCGACAAAUGACAACCAAAAGGACGAGGAGAUAUUCGACGAGGCGAAUUACAUCGCCGCAGUGAUCACGAAGAUGCACAAUUCGCACAUCGCGGAAACGAUGCACACGCCUUACGAUCCGGACGGGUUGUUCAUCGAUUUUUCCUUCGAAGCUGACAUCGUUGGCGGGAGCUGCGGUCAACGCCACGAGGUGAUUUGCAGCGACUGCGACCCUAUCAAAUGUAAAAAUGUCUGGGUCUGGAAGAUUGCAACUUGUCAUGCUGUCUUUGGAUUCCAAAAAAAUCUGUAUUGCGUGACCAGCAACAGGAGUCCCGUUGUUUGUGUUACGCGGAGAGGGCAUUUCUCAUGCGGAAUAGGCACCAGAAAGCCCUCUAAAAAUCUGUGAUGCUAGAUCAUGCAUUACAUGCAUCAUGGAUCAUACAAAAUAUGCAUCACAAAUUCCGAAAUCUUCCAGACCCAGACAUUUUUCCACUUGAUAGACCCCAAGGGGGACAACUCGGGGUACGUGAAAAUGGCCGAAGGCACCGCGUUAUCGAAUGUAACAAUGUCUGGGUCUGGAAGAGUGGAACUUGUAAUGCUGUCUGCGGAUUCUAAAAAUAUCUUAUCUGUGUUGCAUGAGCAGGAAGAGGAGUCAGCUCUUGGCACGCGGAGAGGGCAUUUUUCAUGCGUUCUGAGCAUGAAGAAGCUCUCAAAAAAUCUGUGAUGCUAGCACCAGCAUCACAGACUUGAUGGGUCAUUCAAAAUGUGCACGACAAGCUCCGACUCUUCCAGACCCAGACAUUUUUGCAAUCCAUACGCGUGGCGGCGGCCGUGGUCGAUCGAGCGGAUGAGGGAGCUACAGCAGAAGUUCGACUUUCUACUACAAUGAAAAAUGCCUCCACCCCCGAAUCGUUGGGAGCAUUUGUAUUGCAAACCUUUCCAAAUGAAACACUCGCCCUCUUGCAUCUAUCAGCAUCACAGAUUUCCGAUCGUGAAUAGCAAAAAUUUGUAUUGCAAAAGAUGCCAGCAAGAGCGGCGCUUGUCAUGCAAGCGAUGCGACACAAACCUAGACUCUGCAUCAGAAAGGUUCAUACUCCUUUCAUGCAUCACAGAAAGUUUUCAUUUGGAAACUUUGCAUCACAAAUUUUUGCAACUUUGAGGUUGGUGGCAUUUUUCCUCGCGAUACUUUCCCGAGAUGUUGGUCGCUCCGGAUGGGAUCCACGAGUCGGAUAUCAGGCAGCACAACGUCGGCGACUGCUGGUUCACUAGUAUCCUCGCUUCCUGCGCGUACCGAGAGGAUCCGAACUUCGUGCCGCGGCUGAUUGAGCACUGCCCAGAGCUGGGGUUUUUCACCGUGAAAUUGGUAAUUGAAGGGCAGUACCUAUUGAAAGGAAGAACUCCCCCUCCCCAUAUCGAAAACGAAAUUUGUGAUGCUGUAUUUGAGGUCACAAAAAAUUAAUCGAUUUGUCAUGCUAAAAGGCCAAGAGCCGCAGUCGUGGCCUCGUUUGCAGGAAAAUUGUCAUGCCGUUUCCCACUCUCAGCUGCCUCCUAUCAUGCUGAAGAUGCAAGGCUUCCCCACGCCACCCAGCACUACAGUCCGCAUCUUUUCCCGUGUAGCAUGACAAAGCUGAUUUGUGACAACAAAUCUGCAUCACAGAUUUCCAUUUCUUUGAUAUGGGGAGGGGGGAUUUUCCCUUUUGAUAGUACCGCUGGCUCCUUCUCGACGACUUCAUUCCCGUGGAAAAUAUCCUGUGCAAAAGUAUCGUAAUCGUAUAAUUGCAAUCAUGCAUUACAAAUCUUUUUCUUAAGGCAAAUCGGCAUUACAAAUUCCAUUUCUAACGCUAAGGAAAUUUGUAUUGCGAUUUAUACUAGUACGAUACUUUUGCAAUGCAUAGAAAAAACGAAUCCCCAAAUGUAUCACCUGCUCACUUGUUCCUAGCACAAUCUCAUUCGAAACAAGUAUUAACUUGCGACGCCAAGAAGUAGUAGAAAAAUAGUUGUCGAUCUGUCUAAGUCUAGAAGCUCUAAAGGUGCAGUUUAGCAUGAAUGAAAACACGAUGCACCCGGCUCUAUUAAAUAACUACUGCACUGAAAUUCAAAUUAUCCGAGCAUAGCUAUCUUAAAACUACUUUCGUGGGGAACGGGAAGCGAAGAAGGUCUUGCAUUUGCAUAUAAAAAGCGAAAUCGAGCAGUAGGCUACUUUCGCUUUCUUGCAGACCAUCAUGCAUGGGUUGUUCUAUUAAAUACAAGAGAAGUUUAUACAUAGUUCUCCCGCACUUGAGGUCGUUGUAGCAGCAGCUGAGCAGGUUAUAAGAUGCCCAAGUUCGUUUCCUCCGCCACCCUGGGAGAACUGUGGCCGGUGUUUGUCGAGAAGGCGUUUGCUAAGUGGGCCGGGUGCUACCAAAACCUGCGCGGGGGGUUGCAGAACGUGGUCAUUUAUCUUGUGCAAAAGUAUCCUCGAUGUCGUACUAACCUACUACAAAUUGCAUGACAAAUUUCCUUAGCGUGAGGAACGAAAUUUGUGAUGCGGAUUUACCUUAAGAAAGAGAUCUGUAAUGCAUGACUGCGAUCAACAUCAAUAGCACUCCCACUCGGGUGAAGAUGCUUUUGCAAGGCAUAUCAUUCCCAUCGGAUCCGGCCGCGCGCUGGAGGCCUUGACGUGCGGUUCCGAGGUCAUCGAGAUCGAAACCUUAAAAGCCGUGGAAGCGCGGGCGAGGAGCGGCAAGGGCGCAAAUUUUGUGGCGAACAAGCGGUAUGCAUUGCAAAUAAUAGAUAUGUCUGGGUCUGGAAAGAAAAAGAUAAAGAACCAGUGGCUGUGUAUUUGCCGAUGGUAGUUUGCGAUGCAAACCGGCCGGUUGUACGUUUAGUACGGCAUAAAAAUAACAGCAUCAGAGGUUUUGCGAUGCUUCUUACUGCAGAUCCAAGCGCAUGACAAACUGACUUCAGCACAACACCGGAUAUGAAAUCGCUCAUCGUAAUAGUAUUGCACGACAGAUCUUGAUGCAGCAGUCCUCCAAAAAACCUGGUCGAUGACAGAUCCAAACCCGCCAGAUCAUUGAUUUGCAAUUCAUAAUCCCCGUGCCACGGCAAGGCUAUUAUCGGAGUUGCAGGGCCGAAAUUUCGUGAUGACGGCCGGCGGGUGUGACAAUGGCAUGGGAUUGAUUCCCGGCCACGUCUUCAGUCUUUUGGACGUGUGCAAGGUUGAGUUCCCGCGAGGGCCAGCCGGAUUCGAGGCAUUCCUGACGGAAUUUUCCAAAACACCCAUCUCCGACGCCGAACGGGAGGCGGAAAAAGUCCUGCAUUUCGGUAUAGAAUUUACUUUGAGAUAAACUACAACACGCACACAAACUUCGCGCAGCUCGUUCUAGAAGAAGUUGUGAAGAAAAAUUUCUUGUAUGAUGAUAGAUGACAACUAUUCUUGCAGCGUCCUGCUCCUUGAUGUUAACAGUUAUCACUCUGGUCAUCAAUAAAACCAAACUCAUCAUCUUCAUCUUCUGUUGAAGAUUCUUGUUUCCGUGUCGACCAACAUCUUAUUCUCACACACACCAGUCAACGAAACCGGCGUCGCCAUUCGUUUCCGGCACUUCUCCCGCGAGCAGCCCACCCGGGGGCGCGGCGGCCUGAUGGCGAAAACGACGAAAAAGUAUGACUUCAAACUCGAGGGGACAAUAUGCUUUUAAAAUGUAAGGAAUCUUCACCAUUUACUACAACAGCCACUCUACGCGCCUCAAAAACUUGUAUAUGUAUACCUACUUGAAAAAAAUGCAGUGCAUCCACGAACGCCUCCCCGCCGCUUAGGUAUAAUAGGGAAUUGAAGCAGUAGUGCCUGCCAAGGUGCUGGAGCAUUAUGCAUAGCGCGUUGUUUAUCUUUUUCAUCCGCACUAGCAUGUUGUAGUUCGUUCUUGUGGUCCAAAAAUUUUUCCACAGACGAAUGCAACGAACACACAAAACGCUCAUACAUUUCGAGGUUGACGAGAUGAAGUUGUUGUGCGAACAAGAUUGUAAAGAUUUCCAUUGGAUACAGAAACGGAAAACUGAAGUGGUGUUACGAAACCGCCACGUCGGCCAAGGAGUUCAAGCCAGACGAAAUUUUGGAGGUGAAAAACGGAGACACCAUCUCGUUCAAACAACCCAACCAGGUCCAGGGGUCCCAGAUUCGGAAAAUGUCGGGGCACGAGGAAACCGCGACUGCGUACAGAAACAGCCCGGCCGGAAAACAUUGGCUCAGUUAUCUUCUUGUUCAGGAAAAUUCGAAUGAACAGAAGCAAGAAGUACUAGCACAGGGAGCAGACCAGCAGAUGACCGGCGAGUCGAAUAAUUCUUCAAAGGAACAAGCCGGCGCUCCCAGUGGCGCUGGUGCGCUACCACCAUCCCCUUCUGCGCCAGAGGAAAUAGAGCUGAUCAAAAUCCGCAAUCCCUGGGGCCACGGGGAGUGGGUCGGGAUGUGGGGGGACGGUUCUCUAUCAACUGUAAAAAUGUCUGGGUCUGGAAGAAUUCAUGUUUGUCAUGCUUGUCUGGCAUGACUCUUAAAUCUGUCAUGCACGUUAACCAAGAGCUCCGCUUUUCUGUGAUGCAGAAGCGCAGUUUGUCAUGCAGAAUAGGCAACACCUAGGAGCUCAGAAACUUGUCAUGCUGAGCCAGCAUUUGUAGCCUCAUCAUGAGACGCCACCCAGCAUCACAAGUUUCCAGACCCAGACAUUUUUACUUUUGAUAUUCUCCGGUUUGGGACUACUACCCGGAGAUUCAGAAGAAGUUGCAGUUUAUCAAGGCGGAUGACGGUAUGGGAGUGUCAGAAUUGAAAUCGUCAAAGUUGAAAUAAUUUGUAAUGCAUAAAAUGCGAUACAGAAACUGACUCUAUUGCAGAAGACGCACGGGAGGCAGAUUAUAGUCCUGGUAAGGGUCAAAAGUUGGACUGCUGACUAGCAUCACAGAAACGCAGCGCCUUUGCCCCAAACCGCAUGACAGACUCGCUUCAAGGACCGGGAAAAUUUGUCAUGCGCCGACUACAAACUGUAGGCUUCACUGGUAUCCGUUUUAGGCAUCACAAAUUACUAUCUCAACUUUGACGAUUUCAAUCCUGACGCUUCCAUAGACGGGGUGUUCUUUCAGCAGUGGGAGGAUUUUGAAGCCACCUACGCCACGAUAACUGCGUGCGGCCACGUGGAAGGCUAUCAAAUGUAAAAAUGUCUGGGGCUGGCAGAAUGCAAGAUUUGUCAUGCACAUUUCUCAUGACCCAUGAUGCCUGUAAUGCUUGCACUAGCAUCGCAGACUUUUAAUGGGCUUCCUGAUGCACCUUGCGCAUGAGAAAUGGCCUGUCUGUGUAGCAAAAACUGUACCCAUUUCGCUGGUCAUGCAAUCUGUGUGUCUAUAUAUAUGCGCCUCAAAAAAGACAGAAACAUAGACUUGAAUGAAAAAAAAAGUGAACAGUAAUAUGACAUGAGACGUUAAUGGUUUUUUCUGUUUUUUUUCAAAAGAGAAAGAACAGUAAGGAAAAAGUUAGAAGUGGCCCUAGAGGUGUUUUUUUCUUUUCUUUCUUGAAGGCAGUCAUGACAGCAAUACAAAACAAACCUCAAUCACACUUUAGGUGGCCGACGCGGGUGUAAAGGAGAGUCGUACGGGGGCAGGCGCAUAAUCUUGGCCUAACGUGUCGUUGUGUCGUGCGGUGCGGGUUAGUAGUCGUUGUCGCUGUUUCUCGUCCUUUUCGCUUCCGGGGGUCGUGCUCGGCUGGAGAGGUUUUGGUGCGUGUCGGCGAGGGCUCGGUGAGCGGCGGCUUCGAGCGGAGCGUCGGUUCCUCGCUAGUCGUGGUCGCCUUCUUCGUGCUUCUAGGUUCUUUCAUAGGUGGGGUCCCUUUCCCGGCUUUUCAAAAAGGGCUUUUUGGUGGACUGCUGGAGACCCCAGUCCAGUCGCCUUGCGACGCUUUUUCCCAGCUGCAGGAGACCCCAGCAUCCGCUAGCUCUGCCCCUUUCUCUCGUCGUUGUCUGUUCUCGUGUCUUGCCUGGUUGACCGGUGGAAACGCAACCGUGCUAUUGGAAUAACCGAAUUCGACCAGGACAUGCAGCCACUCUAACGGUUCCACUCGGGUCCGACCCCCGUUAGAGCUUGACCCUUUCUCCCCCGAGGUCCUACCUGAGGUAGUGGUCGUAAAGGGGAUAUAGUGGUUGAGGGGUAAAUAAGGUCAUGCAAUACAAUUUUUUUUAGAGUCCAAAAACAGCAUGACAAGUUCCAAUCUUCCAGACCCAGACAUUUUUACAUUUGAUAAAGGCUCACCAUUGACGAUGCCGGACUACGGACACUCCUUUCUCGUCACGAAGUCUGCGAUAUCACACGACAAAAGAAGCCAUAGCAUACCAGACUAAUCUUCCUCAUUCGCGAUGCAAAAAGUAGAACAAGGCACCAAGAAGUGGGGCCUGCUGCCCGAGGAGCAGCCCCCGUCCCCGCACGCUGCUUCGAACAUGGUCAUGCAGGACAGAUUUUUCUAUUUGCACGUGCUGGAGUAAAUGUAGAUAAAAGGAUGCUAGAAGUUUUUUUUUGUGUGUGAUACGCGAGCCAGCGAAAGGACUUGAAGAACUCCGGGCGGGUGCAGGUGAAGGCGACGCAGUCGGACAGGCCGUUUUCCAAGACGAUUGUAAAGGAGGACAUGGGGUUCUUCGGAAGGUUCUGCAACUUUUAAGCCGCAGUUUGUUCGUCGGCCUGCGUUGAUGGUUCCGGCGGCGGCGGCCUAGCUAGACCAGAAACUACGUUCUCCUGUCCUCGAAAAGGACCACGCAGAAGAUAGGGCGCGACUCGAGAGGCAGAUGCAAAGUCUGACUCUUGUAAGUAUAGCAAUAGGCAGUUUUUCUUGUUGGAAAUAAGUACCAAUCAGUUCUUCUGUUUUCAAGAAGAAAUAAGAAGGAGCAAGCUGCGUAAGAAUGAAC